GGAGGGGAGGCUGGAAUUAGUUUGGGACUUGUCUUGGGAGUGCUGGAGACUACUCGAAGUGUCUCCAGUGUAUCUUUCUUCUUUUCAGUUUCAUCAAUUUACCGUCAAAUUUCCGUGUACCUAUCAUUGGUAUCAGAGCCGUCGACCCAGGGGAUCUUCGAUCUACAUUCAAGCGACAAACAAUGGAGCAGCGCAGGAAACAGCAGGUGGUAAAUUGAGAGAGUGUGUCUACGCAAGGCGGAAAGGAACCGCGCAGGCAGCAUGGAAGAUCCGAUCAGGAUGCUACGCGCGGAAAAGUAGAGAAGGUUGCGGAAAAGGUUGAAAGUAAUUGGGCGAAGGAGAUGCGGAUCUGGUUGGACAAGAUGCGAACAAGCUGCGUCAACAACGACGCCGGCGAGGACGAUCACGGACCGUGCGUCGCUGCCAGAAUACCAAAGGUUCAUCCCUAUCGCAGACUGAGUCGCGAACUGCUUGUCCUAGUUCGCAGUGCUUCUCUGAGUUCGCAGGUUUCAUGUAAGUCGUCAAACUCUUCUCCCAGUACACCAGAUUCAUCGCAAGCAGAAUAUCUCAGUUCGCAGGUUUCUUCGCGAACAGCUUUCACCAGUUCACAGUCACCCGAAGUUUCUCCCAGUUCGCCAUCUUCGCCCCAAACAGUAUCUUCCAGUUCUCAUUCUCCAUCACAAGCGGAUUCCUACAUUUUGCAAGCUUCCUUGUUGCAGCAGGAGUCUGUUAAUCAGUGGCAACAUUUCCCUGAAGAUGCAUACACAGAUGGCGGCGAUGCAGGGGAGGAGCAAACUGAACCUAAAGUGGGAAUAAUUGCUCGAUGUUGUACUCGUAACGUUUCUUCCAAGUACAAUGUCAUAAAGGACUUGGAAGCCAAACUGUUCAAACAGAUGGAUCAUAGAGGUUCUGGAGAAGAAUAUAUAAACCAAUACAUGAUGACGACAGAGAAUAGAAGAGCACAAGUGGUGGGGACACUCUAUGAGAAUUCUCUGACUGAACCUCAAGUCCUUGAUGCAGACAGGUAUGUACAAAUGACAGCAGAAAAUUACCACAAUUGGGCUAUCAAAUUGGGCUCAGGAUCGCUUCACUAUAUACAAGUUGGAGACAAUAGAGGAGCUAGUGGUAUUGAUGGUUUCAGAUUAUAUGUUGUUACUUCUAUGAUGUGUAAUCACCUUGGGUUGGUGCUAAUGUUUACUGCGGAUUACAAUGACUAUUUUGGACAUGCUACUAAAGUAGAUGUGGUUGUGUAUCGGAUGCUUGUCAACAACCUCAUUCACAAUUAUCCAGUAACUAACUCCGAACUGAGUGUGAUUUCUGGGAAAACACUUGAAACUGUAGGAGCUACAAUCAUAUAUGAUGACCAACUUCCUCAUCAGUUCAAGAGUACAGAGGGGCUUAUGCAAGUGAUAUGUUGUAAAGGUGUACAUUUUGGGGGUUUUGUGUUUGAAGCACACCUGGCUUCCAUAUUAUGGAACCAUUGCGAUGAUGCUCCUGGCGAAGAGACCGCAAACUUCCAGAGGUGCAGCUACUGGUUGCUUGAAGAGGAGCAGUCAAACAUUGUUGUAGUUCACGACAGGGAAGUAAAGGGUAGCAGGAGGAACCACAGUCGUGCUCAAGAACCUCCAUUAGUUAUUCCCGCUUGUCUAGAUGGUAAAAGAGAUGUGAACAGCUCUGAUGUGGGCAUUACACUUGGUAAUCUUAUCCCCCAACAAUAUUAUUACCAAACAAAAGCACAUGCUACACAUGCGGGUAGCCUUAACAGUGCUCAAGCCUCAGAUUAUGAACAAGCUAAAACAGCAGUGCACAAUCAACUAUCAACUCCUGGGAUGCACUCUUUUACUGAGUUUCUAGCAAUCAUGAACCCCAAGGGUGAAGAUGAACUUUCUGCUCCUUAUUUUCCAAGCUACAUCUUAAUUGCUCAUCAAGGCCAUUUUCCAGCGGUUUGUGGAUUCAAAGGCUGAACAGAAUCCAGGUAAUGAUCUGGAUGUAUCAAAAGGUGAGGAUUGGGAGUUGAAAGUGGUUUCCGGGAUUGGUGGCAGAAUAAUAUCCAUGGAGCAUCUUCCUACUGGAACUCAGUAGCUUUACAGCCGAGUAGAUAUAAACGGCAAUGCAACAUAUAGUGGAUUUGGGUACAAACCUGCUGGAUGCAUGAAAGAGUGUUAUGUCAUUGAAAAGAAUCAAGAGCAUGCAGGAGUCAAAUCUUUUGCAUUGCAAGGAAAUAAGGAAGUUUUGGUUCAAUGGAGACAACGAUCAGAUUUGGAAGAUUUUUGGGAAAGUUUCAGCAAAUGCCAGGAGGAAUGGGUGAUAAAGGUUCAAGUACCAAAGCUAAAGGCACUGAAAUCGGUGAGGUACUGGGAAGGAAGGGGCAGGAGGAUGAAGCUGGAUGGCAUGGCUGCUCUUACUCCCCACCUUGAGGACAAGGUGGUUGUCAAAGGGGGGAGUGAUGAUAGAGACCUGGACUCAUGGGCUUAAUAUUUUUAAUAAAAUGUAAUAGUGGGCUGGGCCAAUUAAUUAGAUAGAUUGAGGGAAGCCUCAUUUGGAAAAGAAUAAAUAGAAGGGAUAGAAGAGAGGAAGGGAGGCUGGAAUUAGUUUGGGACUUGUCUUGGGAGUGCGGGAGACUACUCGAAGUGUCUCCAGUGUAUCUUUCUUCUUUUCAGUUUCAGUAAUUUCAUCUUAAUAUACUUCAAUUUACCGUCAAA